AUGGAGAGAACAUUUAUAAUGAUCAAGCCUGAUGGUGUCAAGCGUAGACUUAUUUCAAGUGUAAUUGAGCGCUUUGAGAAGAAGGGGCUUUACCUAACUGCCUGCAAGUGUAUGACUCCCAGCAGAGAGAUCCUGACCGAGCACUAUGGGCAUCUAUCGAAAAAGCCAUUUUUUGAAGACAUGGUGAAUGGGAUGAUGUCUGGAAUGGUUCUUGCAAUGGUAUGGAGCGGCGAUAAUGCAGUGUCGAUUGGAAGGAGUAUACUUGGGGAAACAAACCCACUGACAGCACCGAUGGGAACCAUUCGAGGCGAUUAUGGAAUUAGCAUUGAGAAGAACAUUGUGCACGGAUCUGACUCGGCUGAGAAUGCAGAGAAGGAAAUCAAGCUGUGGAUUGGAACUGAUGUCCAGGCUGUUGUUCCUUUUGAUAAAGAGUGGAUUUAUUAA